CUCACCGGAAGUCUUGCCUCCAGUGCUCCAGUGCGAAAAACUUGACAAUACCGAAAGAAAAAAAAAAAGAAAAAGAAAAAUCUCAGACGCUGGGCUGUUAUAAUUCAUCGCUGGGAUUUUCUGCGUUCUUCUCCCCUCAUCUCCACUUGUCUCUCUGGCAUUUCUCUCUCUUCCAUGUUUUUAUUUUCGCGCUCUCCGUGAGAGCCUGAACGUGCGCGAGCUUCUGUUUAAUUGAAGCAAUUGACAGCCACAACCAUUCGAAGGGUAAUAACGAUAGCGACCAAUGAAGACGAAAUUUGGCACUAAACACGGCCCAGUGAAAUGGAGUCAAGGAAGCCUGGAAUUCAAAAAGCUACAAUGAUGCAAUCAGAAGAAGUCUUACCACCACAAAGUUAAAUGAUCUGAUAUUUGAUCAAUGUGCACUGCUCUAAUUUUCUAUAAAGUUUGGAAUACAAAUGCAUGUUGGCAAAGUUGAAUGGAAAUGCAGGAAAUGGACAGUAUUUGGAUCAUGACGAGGAGUGAAGAUACUCAGUCUGCCGAUGUGACACAGCAUCAAAGGACAAUAUUGGACACAGUGACCACGGGUCCAGUGAUGUAAGAAUACAUUUCUGGCGCACAGGACAGUCAGCACUCUGUUUUGACUCAUGCCACACGUGUGGGCUCUCAGGGGAAAACGGUGGUUAUUCGUCAUUGGAGAAACCAGCAGACACCAAACACUCGAAUGUUGUCUUGAGAUUUGAUUUUUUAAAAGCAGCACAACAAAGCGCUUUUCAGUUUUUUUUCCAGGACGCCGAGGUUUAACCAUGCCCCGGAAUCGCGCUUUUUCAGAGCCGGAGUACUCCGCCGAGUACUCGGCAGACUGCUCGGUUACGCUACCUUCUGAUCCAGGGCAAGCAGUGGGACGAACUCAUGAGGUCACAGUGAGAAACUCAGGAUGCUGCCUUUGCCUUCCACGGUUUAUGCGCCUUACCUUUGCCCCCGAGUCUCUGGAGAACCUCUACCAGACCUACGUCAGACGGCAGAGGCAUGAAACCCUGCUGGUGCUUGUUGUUUUCGCCGCCCUUUUCAACAGCUACAUUAUUGUUAUGUGUACUUUGGUCUACACCACUGACAAGCUGGCUUCUGUUUUAGUGGCAUCAGUGGGCUUGGUGGGGGAUAUUGUCCUUUACCUGCUGUGCCGCUUCGGGCUUCUUCCAGACCGCAUCUCCAGACGGGUGGUGCCCUACGCGCUCUGGGUCCUCAUAGCAGCUCAGAUAUUCUGCUACCUGGGCCUGAACUACUCUCGCUUCCAUCAGGCCAGUGACACAGUGGGUUGGCAGGCCUUCUUCAGCUUUUCGUUUUUCCUGACUCUGCCCUUGAGGCUGACUCCUAUUGUUCUCAUCACCACGGUUUCCUGUGGGGUUCACACUCUGGCUCUGGGGGUCACCAUCGCCCAACAUCAGCAAGAGGACAUUCGAGGGGCAGCCCUUACAAGACAGCUCCUGGCCAAUAUUAUAAUCUACGUUUGUGCCAUCACUGUGGGUGUCAUGUCGUACUACAUGGCAGAUCGGAAGCAUCGGAAAGCCUUUCUGGAAGCAAGACAGUCAUUGGAGGUUAAACUUAACCUGGAGGAGCAGAGCCAGCAACAGGAGCGUCUUCUGCUCUCCAUUCUUCCAAAACACAUAGCAGAUGAGAUGCUUCAGGAUAUGAAGAAGGAGCCCAGUCAAAAGGAGAUGCAGCAGUUCAACACGAUGUACAUGUACAGGCAUGAAAAUGUCAGCAUUUUGUUUGCAGAUAUUGUGGGCUUCACCCAGCUGUCGUCGUCUUGCAGUGCCCAGGAGCUGGUCAAACUGCUCAAUGAACUCUUUGCUCGUUUUGACAAGUUGGCUGCAAAAUAUCACCAGUUGAGGAUCAAGAUCUUGGGAGACUGCUACUACUGUAUCUGUGGGCUUCCGGAUUAUAGGGAGGACCAUGCUGCCUGUUCCAUAAUGAUGGGCCUGGCUAUGGUGGAGGCUAUUUCGUAUGUCAGGGAGAAAACGCAGACUGAUGUAGACAUGAGGGUUGGCGUCCAUAGUGGCACAGUGCUGGGAGGAGUGUUGGGCCAGAAACGCUGGCAGUAUGAUGUUUGGUCCACAGAUGUCACUGUGGCAAACAAAAUGGAGGCUGGAGGCAUUCCAGGUCGUGUUCACAUCUCACAGAGCACUAUAGAAUGUCUUCAUGGCGAGUUUGAUGUAGAGCCAGGGAAUGGAGGGGACCGCUGUGACUACUUAAGGGAGAGAGGCAUUGAGACCUUCCUUGUGGUUGUUCCUAAAGGACCUCUUGGAAAGAAUGGCAUCAGUGAUGUGAAGCUGUCUGUAACCUCUUCCAAUGGAAACUCUCCACAAUUAAUCAACACAAAAGAGUAUAACGGCAGCGUUGAUACAGCUUGUACCACUCCAGAGGAACCAGAAGAAUUGGACACGAGGGUGGUAAAUCCCUCUUUCCCGAAUCCCCGGAGAAGGUUACGUCUGCGGGACCUGGCUGAAAGAGUGAUCGAUGCUCAGGAGAAUGAACAGGAACUCAACAAACUUCUUAAUGAGGCUCUGCUGGAGAGGGAAACAGUUCAAGCUCUGAAGGGAAAACACACCAACAAGCUCUCCUUGAGGUUUGUGGACCAAGACCUGGAAACUCGCUACUCUGUGGAGAAGGAAAAGCAAAGUGGAGCUGCCUUUUGCUGCUCCUGUGUUGUUCUACUCUUUACUGCUGUGAUGGAAAUGCUAAUAGACCCCUGGCUGCUUGCCAACUACAUCACCUUUGCAGUGGGAGAAGUACUGUUGCUCAUCCUGACAAUCUGUUCUCUGGCUGCCAUCUUUCCUCGAGUGUUUCCCAAGAAGCUGGUGAAAUUCUCCACGUGGAUUGACCACACCCGCUGGGCUCGAAACACCUGGGCCAUGACAGCCAUUUUCAUCCUCAUCAUGGCCGAUAUCAUUGACAUGUUAAGCUGUCUGCCCCGAGUCCCAGAUUCAGGCAGCACAACAGUGGCUCCCUCCUCUUCUUUCUCUACGCGCUCGAGCCUUGAAGGCUGCUUUAACAACCCCAAAUAUUACACUUAUACUGCUGUGCUUGCACUGAUGGCCACCACUAUGCUGGUUCAAGUCAGUCACAUGGUCAAGCUCACACUGAUGCUGCUCAUAACAGUGACAACUGGCAUUAUAAACAUCUACAGCUGGACGGACAUCUUUGACCACUAUGACAAGGUCCGCUUCAAAGACUACAGUUCAUACCUGGUUCCCUCCAAGUUCACAAUGACAGUUAUGAUUUUCAUCAUGAUGGCAAGCUUCUAUUAUUUCUCCAGACAUGUGGAGAAACUCGCCCGUACUCUUUUCCUGUGGAAGAUUGAGGUCCAUGAGCAAAAAGAAAAAGUAUAUGAGAUGAGACGUUGGAAUGAAGCACUCGUUACCAAUAUGCUGCCUGAACAUGUAGCUCGACACUUCCUGGGCUCCAAAAAAAGAGAUGAGGAGUUGUACAGCCAGUCCUAUGAUGAAAUUGGAGUCAUGUUUGCAUCAAUCCCUAACUUCUCUGACUUUUACACAGAGGAAAGCAUCAAUAAUGGUGGUAUCGAAUGCUUACGCUUUCUCAACGAGAUCAUCUCAGAUUUCGACAGUCUUCUGGAUGAGCCACAGUUUCGCUUCAUCACAAAGAUCAAGACCAUUGGCAGCACCUAUAUGGCAGCGUCAGGUGUCACCCCAAACGUCAGCAAUGGCUACACAGGCAGGAAGAAGGAAGAGCAGACCGACACAGAACGUUGGCAGCACUUGGCUGACCUGGCAGAUUUUGCUCUGGCUAUGAAGGUCACACUCAUGAACAUCAACUACCAGUCUUUCAAUAACUUCAUGCUACGUAUAGGUCUGAAUAAGGGGGCUGUGUUAGCGGGAGUAAUUGGUGCACGCAAACCCCACUAUGACAUCUGGGGCAACACUGUUAACGUGGCCAGCCGCAUGGAGUCCACAGGGGUGAUGGGAAACAUCCAGGUGGUGGAGGACUGCUACAACAUCCUAAAGGAGUACGGCUUCCGAUUUGUAAGGAGAGGUCCUAUUUUUGUGAAAGGAAAAGGGGAGCUGCUUACUUUUUUCCUUAAAGGAAGAGACAAACAAGGGUCAUUUGUCAACAGUACCUCUAUAACUUUACCACACCAAGUGGUGGACAAUUGAGCAUGGCUCGAAACACAUGUAUCUACAUAUGUACAUUUUCAACAUCAUUUGUGUCUACAGUAUGAUGAAUGUCAAAACAGGCCAUUUUUUGAGUGAGAGGAUAUUCGGUGAAGGAAAAUAAAACUUCAACAAAAAGUUCAAAACAAAUUCAAAAUCGAUUUUUUUUUUCUUGCUUUUUAUAAAAAUAAUAAUUCAUUUAAAAAAUGAAUAUAAUACAUGUAUUCAAGUGAAAUUUAAUUUUUGAUUUUAAGGGAGAGGUUUUUGUUUUAUUUUUUUUAAAUAGACAAACUUUUGUGAGGUGAAAAUGAAAUGUAAAUGACAUCAUCUGGUCAGAAUACCGCGGACUGUAUCCAUCACUUCCUUUAGACAUGAUUUCAGAUUGUGUUAGGGUCUGAAAUUAACCUUUUGCUCUUCUCUGUUUUACAGAGUCUGCCUCAGUAACCCUGUAACAGUGUUGUGCAGGUUCACAUUUUACUAGAAAUAUGUAAGAGUGUAGUUCACAAAUUAAAAUAAACUAGAGACUGCUCUUGAGAACUUUAAAAAAAUGAACAAUGCAUCUUUGAUUUAGUCUGUUUCAUUAGUAACCACCAGAGAUGCAUAGACAAUAUGACCAGCAAAAUCUUCACAAUAAUUGCCUGAUAUUUUAUUUAUUUGUCCUACAUUCCGUUAUUUAUCCAACCACUGUGUGUCCUGUGUUUAUCAAAGGUCAGUCUACUUAGAUAACAGGUUUAGGAGGGAAACCCAGGUUCCUCUGGCUUUGGCAAGCCAACCAGAUACUCUCUUUCAUGAAGGCCUUUUUGCUCCACUGAUCCACAACCUGGACAAAAUGGCCAGCACCAUGUGAAUCUAUGGUUUGAGAAUCCGUUGGUUCCUCUUCUCCAACACACUUGAGUAAACUUGUCCAACGAUUCUGAUUAGUGUGAUCCCCAGUUUCCUGCUCCAUGCAACAUUGAGGAAGUGUGGUAGCCAAGAUAUCCCUUCUAUGUAAAUCUCACCUACCCAUGGCUCCCUGUAAGAUUUUUAAACAAACCACCUAUUUCUCCGUGGGCAAUAGAUAAUUCUUCCCCCGAGUACAAAGACUGCCUCGUCAAUGGAGGACAUAAUGGCCAAAUUGAGGAGAUCCUCAAAGUGCUUUUGGCACUGAGUUUGCAUGUCCCAUAUCUCCCUGAUGAAUGUGAAAAAGUAUCCUUGAGUUGGGAGCUGAAUGGCUGACAGACAUUCCAAGUUCAUUCUCACUAUUGCCAUGGGAUUUCUAAUUCACAACCGGUGGUGAUUGUUUUUGUUUUUUGGUUAUUGUUUUGUUUAUUUCUAUAUUUUAGUCUCGUCCUGUUCAGCAUUAUUGCAGCAAAAUUGUAAUAUGAGUACCGCAUUAUGCUGAACACAUUUACUUUGCCAAGGUAAGCUUUAUGGAUAA